CUUAUCGCUAGUUAACCUUCACAACAGUGAGUCACAUCAAUCGAUCAAUAUUUGCAAAGAAACCAAAUCAAUAUGUCAGCUAGAUUGUGUCAUCCAGUGCAAGAAGCAUCCCUCCAGAAGGAAACUUCAGCACAAAGUCAUCUUAUUUGCAAGCACAGAACAUCUCAGAGCACACAGCACUCAACCAAGCUAUCAGUACAUACAAUGGCCAGCAGACGACAAACUAUCUACACUGCACCCAAGUCGCUCAACUUCGCCGACUGUUACGCUCGAGUGGACAACGGACGACAAGCCGCUUACAUAUGUACGGAUAAACAAGAGCUUCUACCUUUGCUAUUAUAUGCUGAGCAGGAGGGAAAGGAGAUUUGCGAAAAAGCUUUCAAGCACCAUCACUGGAACUGUACUGAUUUCUCCAUUCUCAAAGAACCAAAAGUGACCCGAGGAGAAGUCUUUAAGGAGAGUGCCUAUGUGUAUGCCCUGUCUAUGGCGGUCAUUGCCCACACUGUCACACAAGCUUGUGCCCUGGGGGAGCUGGAGUCAUGCACGUGUGAUGAAGGCCCUACCACUGUGGAAGAGGACGUCACAUUAAAACACUGCUCUGAUGAAUAUGGAAUACAAGUGGCCGAGAAGUUUCUGCGAUUGAGAGACUCCAAAAAAGGAAAAGACCUGAAGGACGAGCUUUUUGAUCACAACAUUAAGGCAACCAAAAACAUUAUUCGAGCUUCUGUUCUAGACGCAAGUGCUCAAUGCAAAUGUCACGGGGUCUCUGGCACAUGCACAGUGAAGACCUGCUACAGUCCACUAACAGACAUUGACACCAUUGCCCUCAAAAUCAAAGAGAAGUUCAGUUCAGCUUGCCACGUCGAAUCCAACGGUCAUACGGUGAGCUCUUGGGUGCCCAAGAAAAACGGAGUUUGUUCGAGUUUCACCGAAAACGACCUGAUUUUCAGAGGUGUUUACGAUUUUUGCAUUCCCAACCCCAUUCUCGGGUCAACAGGAGUGGUGGGUCGUAUCUGUGAGCCUCACACUAAUGGGCCAGACAGCUGUGAAAAAGUGUGCCGACAAUGCAAUAAAGAAAUUGUCAAAGUGACGCAUUUAGUUCGAGAAGAGAGAGACUGUCGUUUUCAUUUCUGCUGUGAUAUAACGUGUGAGGUGGUUGAGAGUCAGAGUAUGUACCACAUAUGUGCAUAGCAACAGAACAUUUAGAGUAUAGUCCAAAUCAGGUUUCAGGUAUUAUUUUCCAUCCAAAAGGCAUUCUGUUUCUUAACUUUUCAGUUUAUCAUUCAUUUCAUUAUUUUUAAACUCCAUUUAAUUAUUAUAACGUCAGUACCCACUACAUACGUUUUGAAACGUACACUAACUAACUUCAGUUUCACCAAGUAAUCCCGAUCAGUACAUGAAUUUACAUUACAUUGUAUAUAUAAAUCAUUAUUUUCAUCUGUUUGCGCAGGAUAAAAAGCAAAUUUUUUUGUGUAUUCAAAUUUGUUUACAAGUACUAAGCUAGUGUUUCUGCACUAUAUAUAAUUAUUUAUUGUUGAGUUGAUAA